AUGAAAAUGCACGCGUGUAAGCAUCUCAUAGAGACGAACGAGUUGCACGACCUUAUAAAGGAGGGAAGGGAGCAUUUACUAUUUGAUGCAAGCGGUUACAAUAUCAGGGAGGGAGGAAAAGAUAAAAACUCCUUUGAUGAUUACCAUCAGGAAGAAAGAAUAGAAGGAAGCAUAUCCUUCAAUUCGAUAGUUACCUCCAAUGGAAAUUCCAAUUUUUCUUUUUUCUUCCCAACUGAAGAAGAAUUUUUCUCCUACCUAAGGAAGUUACUCGUGCUAAGUGCAGUGGACAUAAAAAUAAAUACACUAGAAAAGGUGCCUGUCAUUUUUUACGAAAAGGAUGAAAUAUUUUAUGCCCCCAGAAUUUGGUUCAUGUUCAAAUUAUAUGGAUUCCAAAAUGUCCAAAUUUUAAAUGGCGGUUUGAAUAAAUGGCUAAAUGAGGAAAGAGAUGUAACAUCAACAGGUAAGAAGGCACAAGGAUUUAAGCAUCUUCCACAGACUGAUAAAAUUAUCCAAGUGGACAAACUGAUAAAGGAACACAUAGAAAAAAAUAAAAAACAAAUAAGUGAAAAUUGGAAAAAAAACAUAUACCAUUAUGCAGAUAUAGACAAUUUCAUCACCGGAAGGAAGAAACAAAAUGAUAACAUGGAACGCUUUGUCCUUGUGGAUACGAGGCCGAACAUCUCCUUUAGCGCGCUCUUGCCCAUUAGUGAAAAGGAAAAAGUUGAUAAUUUCAUUCCCUUUUCGAUUAACAUACCAUAUCAUCAUUUUAUUAGAAGCCAUGAUGAAAAAUAUAAAUUUUUUACAUUUAAAAAUGAGGCUGAAAUAAAAAACAUCUGUGACAAGUACGAUCUUCUAAAUGAGCAUAAGACCAUCAUAUCCACGUGCAGCAAAGGAAUCAGUGCCUGUGUUUUACUCUUCCUUCUACAUCAGCUAAAUAAACCGCUCCAUAAACUGGCACUGUAUCAUGGGAGCCUUGUCGAUUAUAAGUUUAGGAAGUACGGUCUUCAGUAG